AUGGGAACAUUUAAAAUUCGUUUGAAAACUCGUUGGCCUGCUGGUACUGCUGCUACUGCUGUUGGUGAUGCUGAUACUGGUGUCAGUACUGGUGCUGGUGUUGGUGCUGGUGUUGGUGCUGAUGCUGAUGAUGGUCGAACGCACGACUCGACAUACACCCUUUAUAGAUUGGGUGAAAGACUUUCGACGGGGGCGAGAUUAUACGUUGAAACUGGAAGGGCUGACGGUUUGGAUGCCGGUGGUGAAUCUCAAAACACCCUUCACUCUUUUACGGGACCGCCUAUACCGCAGGGCGAGGGUACCAGCAUUGCCAGAGCCUUUCUUGAUGGAAACCAUACUUUAAUAAGCAUCAUGGCGAGGAUCAAUCCGAGUCCCGAUUGGUUCGUUGGGGUUGAUUCCUUUCAACUUUGCGUCGAAGGAAAUUGGGUCGACACCGUAACCGUCGAGCUCGACCCUUUGGAUGGUGGAACGGAUAACGGGUUCACAUUUACGGCUGCCAAUUGGCCUACGCAACCUCAAGGAAUAGCCUACAGAAUCACAUCCCGGUACCCGGCACAUCCCGCGGGAAGCUUCUAUUAUCCGAACCUACCACGACUACCACCGAUAGCAACCCUUACUUUCACUAAGUUGCGGGAAUACACUCUGACGGAGACCUAUCACGAGGACGACGUCGAGGUCGAGUUCGUAAGCAAUGACAAUCUACUAUCAAGCAAUCCGACCCCAAGAGGAAUCGAUCCGAACAGAGACCUAAACGAGGCCAUAGCGGAGGAACGAAGGGAAAUGGACACUCAGAGAUACAGAUACUGGACCACAACAAGUAAUGGACAAUCAUUAGUAACCGAUAUACCGCGCGAUGGAAAAGCUGCAAUAAUCGAUAGUAUCGCAUCGUCGUACGCAUUGCAAAGGCCAAGGUUAAAUGCAACACCAACUCCGAGAACGAACAAAUUGAUUGAUCAAAAGAAUAAACAUAACGAAGGAAAAUCGAAUUGGCCAUAUUAUCAGAUGUACAGGCACUCGGUGGAAGCACAAAAGGCAGAAAUUUUCAAGGACAUUCAAAGGAAAAUGGCUAACACGACAGGUGUUUCCAAAAUCGGUCAAUCGUGGAUGAACAAUUCCACGGAUGUCUCACAACAACGUCAGCAUAAACUUAGAAUGAAACAUCAUAGGUUAAUGGCUAAGGGCAAACAUUUAAGAACGCGUCCACCGAGAGAUUGCAAGGUCAGUGAAUGGGGUCCAUGGAGUGCUUGCAGUCGUAGUUGCGGAGUAGGGGAAACACAGAGGACACGAAAAGUGACGAUAAAGUCGCGCCGAGGUGGAGCAGCUUGUCCGCCAUUGAAGGAGACCAAAUGGUGUGGCAGUGUUAGUCCAUGUCCGGAGAACAACAAGUCUAUUCUCGAGGCGUUUCAUUGGUAGUCGUGUUAAGAAAAAGUCGCCGAAUAACGACGACCUUUGACCUAAUCUUACGAGAAGAAUAAAGAGAACACACGGCCAAGUUAUCCCGAGAUUUAUUAUAUUAUAUAUACUCGAUUAAGGAAGGAUCUUGUGCGUGAAGAUGAUGACGACUGUAAAAAAAAAAAAAAAAAAAAAAGAAAAAAAAAGAAAAAAAAAGAAAAAAAAAAGGAAGAAAAAGUAAAAAAAAGAAAAAAAAACCGAUGAAAAAGAAAAAAAAGAAAAGGAAGAGGGGAAGAAGAAGAAGAAGAAGAAGAAGAAGAAGGGAAGAAACAAAAGGAGAAAAUAAAUUGAGAAUUAAUGUUCUCUAUUUCUUUCGUCUAUGUUCUCUUCAGAUCCAUACGCAUCGUAUAUACAUAUAUAUAUAUAUAUAUAUAUAUAUAUAUACAUAUAUAUAUAUAUAUAUAUAUAUAUAUAUGUAUAUAUAUAUAUAUAUAUAUGAAUAUAAAAAUAAAAUUACAAUUGAUCCCUCGGAACGCGGCAAUAAUCUUCUUGAUAAACAUAUUCCUGAUUAAAUCACCAAAGAUUCGUCAAAUUUCAGAUAUAUUUAAUUAAUUUUAUUAUUAUUAUUAUUAUUAUUAUUAUUAUUAUUAUUAUUUUUAUUAUUAUUAUUAUUAUUAUUAUUAUUAUUAUUAUUAUUAUUAUUAUUAUUAUUAUUAUUAUUAUUCGAGUCAAUCGGAUAGUUCUCAUUUUUAACGAUCGAAUAAGACCGAUCUCGAUUGGGAAGCCAUUGUUCCAAUUUAUUUAUUUAUUUAUUUUUUUUUUUUGCUCUUUUUUUUUUAAAGGGGAUCGGAGAUAAAAAAAAAAAAGAGUUCGUAUUUUAACACUGAAAGAGAGAAUAUUUGAAUCACUAUAACUUGCAUAGAUCACAUUACUUUUGCAUAGAUAUUACGUAUGAUAUGUAUGUAUAUGUGUAUAUUGUUCGUAAGUAAAAUCAAUCAAUCCAAUGCUGUUCUAAAGAGAAAAGACGAUCGAUGAUUAAACCGGAUUCAGUAUUUUUUCAAAAAUCCGAAAUAUGAAAAAUCCUUGAAACGUCGAACUAUGAUAUGCGAAGUCAAUAAAAUAUUUUUUAUUAGCCUUCAACGACACAACAAUGAUCCGUGGAGGGGUAAAGGAUGGUCGAAAGGGUAGUUUGGAGAAGGGACGGAGGAAAGGGUGGAGGGGCGGGAGGAGGAGGCUGUAGUGGUACGAUAUAUCGAACAUAAUCGUUCGAUUAUUUUUCUCCUGAGAGAAGUUGAGAUACUUACAAAUGUUUUCAAAAUUGAAACAAGAUUACUAUUUAACUAUUUCUCUCUCUCUCUCUCUUUCUCUCUCUCUCUCUCUCUCUCUCUCUCUCUCUUCUAUCUAUCUAUCUAUCUAUCUAUCUAUCUAUCUAUCUAUCUAUCUAUCUGAUUGAAAAAUUCUUUAUCAAAAUUCGACCGAACGCAUUGUCAACGUCGAAAAGAGUUUCACGUCGAAUUAUUAUACCAAAGAAUAAAAAUAAAGAAAUGAGAAUCGUCCCUAUCGUCUCGUGUAUAGAUAUUGAGGAAAUAACAAUAAAAAAAAAGAAGAAAGAAAAAAGAAGAAGAAAAACAAACAAAAAUGAAAAAGAAACAACAAAGAGAGGGAGUAGCAUAAGAAUCAUUGCAAAAAUGUUAUCAUCUGAAUCGAUAACAAUUACUCGACACGAUAGCGCAGCCAUGAUAACGAAGACGAUAAAAAAAAGGGAGGACAAAAAGAAAGAGAGAGAGAGAGAGAGAGAGAGAGAGAGAGAGGGAGAAUAAAAGAAAAAAAAGAAAAAAGAAAGAAGAAGAAAAAGAAAAAGAAUGAAACAAUAAUAACACACAGGACUUAAAAAUUUUUUGUUUUUUGUUUUAUAGAGACCAUUACAAGAUGAAAACAUUUUCGGAGAGACCUGUGUUCAUAUGAUAUAAUAUUGAUAAAUAGCAUUGGAAUGCUGAAGCUAAUUCGAGCUAAGUGUUAGAAGAAAAAAAAUAAAAAAAAAGGAUAUAACAAAAAAAAUACAAUAAAUACAAUAAAUACAAUAAAUACAAUAAAUACAAUAAA